GGACGGCGGGACGGGGCGGGGCGGCCCCGCGGCUGGGCCCGGGCUCGCCGAGAAGCUCAUUCGGAAGAAAAGCAAGAAGAAAAGGUUGUGUCACAGCAAGGCGCGGGAGGUACGCGGGAAACCGGGAAGCGGCCCUGGAGGUGCCGUGGUGCGGCCUCCAAAGGCUCCAGAAGACUUUUCCCCAAACUGGAAGGCGCUGCAGGAGCUGCUGAAACAAAAACCACAGACCCUGGAAAAGCCUCUUGUUAUCUCUCAGAUGGAUUCCGAAAAGCAGCCCCAAAUUAUGCAACAAAACAGAGAAGCCAGCCCGGGUAAAGCUAAGAGAGAUGAGACGGGGGCAAAAAAAGCAGAGCACGCAGCCAGCGGGGGCUCUGCUCCUUCAGGAGCUCCUGCAAAGGCCAGCCGAGCAGAGCACAGUGAGAAAGGGACCAAGAGAAGGACAAAUGGUGACAUUUCUCUGACUCAAGGGGACAUCAAGCAUAAGAAGCGGAAAGCUAAGGAGGCGGCUGUAGCCUUGGCUCCAGCCCCGCCCACCGAGGAAGACAUCUGGUUCGACGAUGUUGACCCAGCGGACAUUGAAGCAGCCAUCGGCCCAGAGGCAGCCGAAAUAGCGAGGAAACAGCUGGGGCAGAGCAAGAAGAGCGUCACGCUGGUGAAGGAGCAGGCCUUCGGCGGUCUGACAAAAGCCUUGGCCCUGGAUUGUGAGAUGGUGGGCGUGGGCCCCAGCGGGGAAGAGAGCAUCGCUGCCCGCGUGUCCGUUGUGAACCAGUACGGGAAGUGUGUUUAUGACAAGUACGUCAAGCCUACGCAGCCAGUGACUGACUACAGGACGGCGGUCAGUGGGAUCCGGCCAGAGCACCUUCGGCAGGGGGAGGAGUUUGAGGUGGUGCAGAAGGAGGUGGCAGACAUGCUGAGGGGCCGCAUUCUGGUCGGACACGCGCUGCAUAACGAUUUAAAGGUGCUGUUUUUAGACCACCCAAAAAAGAUGAUCCGAGACACACAGAAAUAUAAACCUUUCAAGAGUCAUGUUCAGAGUGGACGGCCAUCCCUGAAGCUGCUCGCAGAGGAAAUCCUGGGGAUCAGGGUGCAGCAGGCAGAGCACUGUUCGAUUCAGGAUGCCCAGGCGGCAAUGAGGCUGUACGUCAUGGUGAAGAAGGAGUGGGAGAGCGUUGCCCGAGACAGGCGCCCCGCAGCCGCUGAUCCAGCCCGUGGCAUUGACGACAUCUAGCCGUCUGCCCCUGGCAAUGACGAUGCCUGCCACUGGCCCCUCCCCCUGCCUCGUGGCAGCGUCUCCGUCCACAGGCAGUUGUGACCACAUCUUCCCAGAGCAGCGACUGUUGCAGCGUUUUCAAAUCAUGGCAGCAGGGCAUGGGAGCAUGCAUGCUGCUGAGAAGCACUUUUCCUUCCCCCUGAUUUCACGAUCUCAGACCUAGGCCCACCCACAGGGGGUCGGGCAGCACAGGGAGGGACAUAGCUGGGGGAGUCAGGGCAUUUGUCCUGGGCACAGCCAGGAGGUGGGUGACGGGGACUGAAGUGGGAGUGCGGACAGGGAGUGGGCCACGCCUGCCCUCUGCCGUCACCACGGACAUGGCGGCCUUCGCUGGGCUUCACCAGGUCCCGCGGUGGGAAGCGCCCAGUUGUCCACUGGGUCCUCAGCGCUUCCUCUCAGGAGGCCUCGUUCCCUCAAUCACCCUGAGCCAUGUAAAGAACUCUGCUGGACUCGAGGGGCGGCAGACCAGUGUCUAUGGUCAGCCCAGCCACAGCCUCAUCAUGGAGUUUAUGUUGCUGCCUUUGGACGUGGAGGGACUUUCUUCGAGCGGGUGUGCCUUUCGCUCUCCCCACACCUGCCACAUUUAAACUCGAGUUGGAGCCCACAGCGCAGCGACGUGGGGCUCAGGCUGCCUAAUGGUGACAACGGUUAUUCCCGGAGGCAGGUGCCUCUCCCCAUCCAGGACAGACAUGCUGACCUCCGGCCAUUGCGCUGGAAGAGCUGCGUGGGCUCCUGUGUCAGGAUCUUUGGGAGAACAGGGUGGGGAGCAGCCAGCCACGCUGAGUGGAGCGAGCGCAUAAAGCAGCGGCUUCAUGGAGCCACCUGCUGGUGGCACAAAAAAGGUCCAAACCCACUGCGGGUGUUACUGAACAAAUGCAGGUUUUUACUUGA